AUGACAGCAAUUGGAACAUUGUCAAUGUUCAACUUGCUUCAAGUAGCAUUGUUACCUAGUGCUAAGGAGGUCAAUGAUGAUUAUGCGACUGUUAAGAAGGCUAGAGAAGGUAUUAUGCACUCGUUUCUGACUUUGGAUGUCUCGACACAGCCUAAGGAUACUACGUUGGAGUUGGACACGUUUAUCAUCACUGACCAUUUGAGAAAGUUUGUAAGGUUUUUUGAUGAUAUUAUGCUUUAGGUAACAAAUAUAGUGCUAGUCCUAGUUUCAGCCUUAGUUCUAGCAAUAGUCCUGGCCCUGGUCCUGGUCCUGGUCCUGGUCCUGGUCCUGGUCCUGGUCCUGGUCCUGGUCCUGGUCCUGGUCCUGGUCCUGGUCCUUUUCCUGGUCCUGGUCCUGUUUUUAGUCCUAGCCUUGAUGCUAAUCUUAGCUCUAGUCCUAGCCUAGAGCUCUAGCCCAAAGUCCUAGCCCAGAGCCCUAGCCCAUAGCCCUAGUCUAAAAGCCUUAGCACAGAGACCUAACUCUAGUCUUAGAACGAACCCGAACCUUACCGCUAACUCAUAAUCAAAAUUAAGGACGAAGCCGACCAGUCAUUAGUAAUGGAAGCCACCCUACUAACCAGCUGGACUGAUACCCGCCUCAACUGGGAACCACAAGACUUUGGCAACAUUAAUGAGCUAGCUGUCACUGGCUACGACAUUAAUACUUUCUGGACGCCACCAAUCGAACUCAAGUCAAUAUUACCCUCCAGGAAGAGUAUCAUGUCACCCUACAACACUGAACUCAUGGUGCAACACGAUGGUACCGUGCUUGCUGCCACCAAAAUCUCAGUCAAAAUGGCAUGUGAUUCAGACCUAGCAGACUAUCCAUAUGACACACCAGAGUGUUCAUUAUACCUAACGUUCCGGUUCCAGCACGGUCAGAACUACACGUUUGGUGAUAACCAUAUAUUUAUGGACCGAGAGUCUAUCAUGAGCGGUAAUAGUAUGACAAAACAUGCUGCAUAUGAGAUUAAGAACAUGACUGCGACUAGAUAUUACGUUACUGGACUGGGUGUUUCUACUGAGUAUGUAAAGUAUCGUCGAGGAGAGGUCAAGAAGGCUACUGGCAGUUUUGUUCAGUACAAGUUUCAAAUUGUCAGAAAUUAUGGAGCUUAUGUUUAUACUGUGCUUUUGCCUCUGUAUUGCGCUACUGUGUAAGCUUUUUCUAUUUUUUCAUUUUUAAAAUUUUUUAGAUUGGGAAAAAAAAACGCUCAAAAAAACGAUUUUUAAAGCGAUUUUAGGCAUAAAAUGGAUUUAAAAAUAUCAAAACAAAACAAAACAAACCGUAUUUUACAUUAAAAAACAAAAUAAAAACAACUUUUUCACGUUUAUAUUAUCUACAAAAACUCAAAAACCCUUCCCUUCUGACCUCUUUUCCCCGAAAGCGCACGCACUUGGCUCAAAUGGAAAGAAAAGAGACGAGCGAACAGGCCCGUGUAGCUCAGUGGUUAGAGCGUCUGUCUCGUAAACAGAAGGUCCUAGGUUCGAAUCCUGGUUCGGGCAACUCCCUUUUUGCCGGUUUUUAAAGCAUUUGUAAUAACAAAGACGACUAAAUUGACUUUAAAAAAUUAAAAAUAUUUUUUAUUUUAAAUUUUGUUGCAUUAAUAAAAUUUUAAACAAGAAAAACAUUAUUUUUAACGCAAGGAGAUAAAAAAGGCGUAUUUUAAAAAAAAUAUUUUAGAUUUGCCUUGGUUGGAGCCAGUUUAAUGAACUUUUACAACUCAAUGCUAUUACUAUUGCUGUCUUUGUUGUACUUGAUACUAACUAUGAUUAAAAUAUCCGCUACCUUGCCACCUAACUAUGAAAUUACACCUUAUUGCAGUAAGUUACAACCUUUUAAAGUUGAAUUUUAGCCAAAUUUUACCCAAUUUUAAAAAAAGCUGCCAUUUUUUAAUAGUACUAGUACUAAAAACUUAAGUUUAUAAAAUGACAAUAAUUUUAAAAGUAUUUGAGCAUGAUUUAAAACUAUUUUCAGUGACCUACGCAGUGUUUAUUUUUGUGGAAAUUUUGUUUUUCUUGGGCUACAAAGUGACUUUGGCUUUGUAUUUGAAAAAAGAAGUCCUGAAGGCAGAAGAAGCUUCUAAUCUGCAGUUAUUGGACAGAGUUUUUAGAUAUUAUUUGAUUUGUCAUUUGUUUUUGAGCUUUUUUUUGUUAUUUUGGUAA